CUUCUCUGUUUGCUUUACGCUCCCCUUUCUCUUUCUCUUUCCUUAAGAUCUGCUAAACCAAUCAAUCAAGCUUCAUCAUCAAUGGAGAAAUACGAGAAAUUGGAGAAGGUAGGUGAAGGAACCUAUGGAAAAGUGUACAAAGCAAAGGACAAGGCUACCGGACAAUUGGUGGCUUUGAAGAAGACUCGUCUUGAAAUGGAUGAAGAAGGGAUACCGCCUACUGCUCUCAGAGAGAUCUCACUUCUUCAAAUGCUAUCUCAUUCUCUCUACAUCGUCCGUUUGCUUUGUGUUGAACAUAUUGACAAAAAUGGGAAACCAAUUCUUUAUCUUGUUUUUGAGUAUUUGGAUACUGAUCUUAAGAAAUUCAUUGAUUCUCAUCGGAAAGGACCUAAUGCUAGGGCUCUUCCUACUGCCCUCAUCCAGAGUUUUUUGUUUCAAUUGUGCAAAGGGGUUGCUCACUGCCAUAGCCAUGGAGUUCUCCACAGAGAUUUGAAGCCGCAGAAUCUUCUAGUGGAUAAAGAGAAGGGAAUACUUAAGAUUGCUGAUCUGGGGCUUGGAAGGGCGUUUACUGUUCCUAUGAAGAGCUACACCCAUGAGAUUGUUACUCUAUGGUACAGAGCUCCUGAAGUUUUGUUGGGAUCUACUCAUUACUCAACUGCUGUUGAUAUGUGGUCUGUGGGAUGUAUUUUUGCCGAGAUGGUUAGAAGGCAAGCCUUAUUUCCUGGUGACUCUGAGUUCCAGCAAUUGCUUCACAUAUUCAGGUUGUUAGGAACUCCAACUGAUAAGCAGUGGCCUGGAGUGAGUUCACUCCGCGACUGGCAUGUUUAUCCACAAUGGGAGCCUCAGAACUUGGCCUCUGCUGUUCCAGCAUUGGGACCUGAUGGUGUCGACCUCCUAACGAAAAUGCUCAAAUUUGAUCCAUCAGAUAGGAUUUCUGCGAAAGCUGCACUUGAUCAUCCAUACUUUGACAGCUUGGACAAGUCUCAAUUCUGAGGAUGCUCACUUGCAUCACUUGUUUAAGUACAUUCUCAGUCCAUGAAUGAGGAUAUCAUCGUCUUGGUGAUUUGAAAUUUGCCAUGUUAAUCUUGUCACUUUCAUAUUUCACUGUAUUGUUCUAGCUCUUCUAAUGUAUUUCUAAAAGAUCACCUGUAAGAAGGCCUGUUUUGCAGUCAAGUUUAGUGUAUUAUUACAAUGUUUUGAGGAAACAAAAA